AUGUCGCUCAACGACUUCCUUGCCGACGACUCCACCGGCAAGACGUCGUGGGCCGACGAGAUGGACGACUUCCCCACGGCCUCCAUCCCGCGCGAGUCGAGCUACCGCCGUGGCGGCGACUUCCUCAGCUCGGUCCCUGACCGCGCCGACCGCGACCGCAUGGGUCCCUCGUCCUACGACCGCCCCGAGCGCAGCUACCCGCCUCGCGAGGAGCUGCCCCUCCCCACCAAGCCCCCGUUCACCGCCUUUGUCGGAAACCUCUCGUACGACGUGACCGAGGCCGAGAUUGAGGACUUCUUCACCCCGGCAAAGGUCGUCAGCGUCCGCAUCGUCAUGUCCCACGACGGCAGGCCCAAGGGCUUCGGAUACGCCGAGUUCGAGACCCUCGAUGGCCUCAAGUCGGCCCUCGACAGGAACGGCUCCCCGCUCGCCAACCGCAGCGUCAAGAUUGGCGUCGCCGAGGCCCGUGAGUAA